AGGAGGAGGGAACCUGCUUGGAGAAACAACGCCAUUUUCAGUCAGUGCAGCUCCAGACAGAUGCGUCUGAGCCGAGACCCCAGUGUUUGCUCGAGCUCCGCCGUCGCACAUUAUGACUGUGUGAUUAUGAGACUAUUGUCUCUGCGCCACUCUGUGAUCUGAGCUCGCGCUGGAGGAAUAGGACUGUCAGUGGCAGGAACUUCUCCCGUCGAGCGCCGGAAGACUGGAGACACACACACACAACUGCCCCAAACCCUCACAAUCAGCCUGCGGAGCGUUAUAUUGACUGGAGGGACGUGGAGGAACAAACCCUGUUACGGUUGUGUGUGAUCUGGAUGCUCCGCAGAACGGAUGCGUGAGGACAUGUCGAGCGUGGUGUGUGUGAAGGAGACGGAUGAGCAGGGGGACCCCGGAGAGAAGCUGUCCCAGGACGAGCUGCUAUGUCGGACACGGGAGGUCAUGCAGGGGCUGGAAGCGCUCCGUGCAGAACAUCAGGUCAUCCUGGAGGGGCUGAUGGGCACCUUGCGCUGCCUUAAACAGAGCCAGGAGGGUCGUGCUGUUGAGGAGAAGACAGCCAUGAUCCAGCGCUCUAUGGAGAUGCUGGAGCUGGGCCUCAGCGAAGCACAGGUGAUGAUGGCUCUGUCAGGGCACCUGAGUGCAGUGGAGGCAGAGAAACAGAAGCUUCGAGCACAGGUGCGGAGGCUGUGUCAGGAGAACCAGUGGCUAAGAGACGAGCUGGCAGGAACCCAACAGCGGCUGCAGAAGAGUGAGCAGAGUGUGGCCCAGCUGGAGGAGGAGAAGAAACAUCUGGAGUUCAUGAACCAGCUCAAGAAAUAUGACCAGGACCUCAGCCCAUCAGAUGAUAAGGACUCUGAUUCCAGUAGGGAGACACUGGAUGAUCUUUUCCCAGAUGAGCAGGAUGAGCCGGGCCCUGGCAUCCAGCCUCCUCACAGCAGCGCAGCGGCAGCAGCGCAGCAGGGAGGUUACGAGAUCCCCGCUCGUCUCAGAACCCUCCACAACCUGGUGAUCCAGUAUGCCUCUCAGGGCCGGUAUGAGGUGGCCGUUCCUCUCUGCAAACAGGCUCUGGAAGAUCUGGAGAAAACAUCUGGACACGAUCAUCCUGAUGUAGCCACCAUGCUCAACAUUCUCGCCCUCGUCUACAGGGACCAGAAUAAAUACAAAGAGGCAGCAAACCUCCUUAACGAUGCACUGGCCAUCAGAGAGAAGACCCUGGGCAGAGACCACCCUGCGGUGGCUGCCACAUUGAACAACCUGGCCGUUCUUUAUGGCAAACGAGGGAAGUACAAGGAAGCAGAGCCUCUGUGUAAAAGGGCACUGGAGAUCAGAGAGAAGGUGCUGGGGAAGGACCACCCUGAUGUUGCCAAGCAGCUGAAUAAUCUGGCCUUGCUGUGUCAGAACCAAGGCAAGUAUGAAGAGGUGGAGUACUACUACCAGAGGGCUCUGGAGAUCUACCAGACCAAACUGGGCCCUGACGACCCCAAUGUGGCCAAGACCAAAAACAACCUGGCUUCAUGCUAUCUGAAGCAGGGGAAGUUUAAGCAGGCAGAGACUCUGUAUAAAGAGAUCCUCACCAGAGCCCAUGAGAGAGAGUUUGGCUCUGUAGAUGACGAAAAUAAACCCAUCUGGAUGCAUGCAGAGGAGAGAGAAGAACAAAGCAAGGGCAAGCAGAAGGAUGGUUCUCCGUUUGGAGAGUAUGGUGGCUGGUACAAGGCCUGUAAAGUCGACAGCCCGACUGUCACGACCACGCUGAAGAAUCUCGGAGCUCUCUACAGGAGACAGGGCAAGUUUGAGGCUGCGGAGACUCUGGAGGAGGCGGCUCUGCGCUCCAGAAAGCAGGGUCUGGACACGGCACAUAAGCAGCGUGUAGCGGAGGUGCUGGGAGACCCUGAAGUACGAGAGAAGCAGCGGAGCCGUGAGAGCCUGACCUCUGACACGGUGAAGUACGAAAGCGGCCCUGACGGAGGAGAGGAAGUGUAACUCCAGAUGCCUUGUUGUGGUUGUUGAACUUACCUUCUGCAUGAUGGACGCCCUCCUCACCCCCCUCUCCAGCUUUGCUGUUUUUCGUCUCCUCUCUCCGAACGGCACCUUUCCUUCUCCUCCUCCUCCUCCUCCUCCUCCUCCUGUGGGCAUAAGUGGGCUAAAGCAGGCCCAACAGGCCAAGAUCCAUGGCCUUUCCUUCUUGUCAAAGCUUAACUAAUUCUCUCUUCUAUCUCGCAGCGCUAUAAUAAUCUGUCACUCUGUAAUAUGUCAGUAGAGAGAUCUCUUCUUGUCUGUCAGUCUCUUUAACUGUUUGUCUGUUCAUCUGGGAUGUAAGCUGCCACUAUGUCUUUGUGUCUCUAAUUAACUUCGCGUAGAGCUCGUGCUGUAUACGGCUCUCUCUCCUAGUAAACACUCUCUGUUUUCCUGCUCAGUUACUCCAGAGGGACUAUCCUCCAUUUUCCUUCCCAUCUCUAACACUGACUGGAAUUUUCAUCUCAGCUAUAUUGUCUUAAUACAGCUGCUUUGGUGUUUGAGCAAUAGUUCAUCCAAGAAUGAAAAUUGUCAUUAUUUGCUCACCCUCAUGUUGUUCCAAACCUAUUUGCUGUUGUUUUCUCCACUGAACACAAAUGGAUUUUUUCUUGAUAUUGACCAUAUCUGUCAAGCUACCAUGAAAAAUAGUCCAUGUCUUGCAUUAUAGUCCAAGUCUGUAUAAAAGAGCUGUGUAACAAGAAAAUACACGCACAUUUGGAACGACAUGAGAUGAAUCUUUAAUUGAAGACAGAACUUCAGAAUAGCCAGAGCAGAUAUUAGAGAUAAUUAAAACAAAGCCUACUCUAAUGUCUGUGCUUAACAUACUGUACAUCCUCCAUAAAAGCAAUGUUAUGGGUUCAAUACAAAUGAAACUCAACAGCAUUUUUGGCAUAAUGCCAAUUAUGAUGAAAUUAUUUCAUCUCUUUCCUCAUUUAAAUUUUUCAAAAAGUAAAAAUCAUGGUUACAAUAAUGCAGUAAAUUGUCAAGCUUCCUGACAGUUUAAAAACAUGUUCAAUAUAACUUAUUAAAACUUCUUAAAUACUUUUUAAAACUUCUUUAUAUAUAUAUAUGAAUAUGAAUAAGGUUUCAAUAGUAUUGCCACAAGUCUGAAGACAAAACAAUAGAAUAAUAGCAGAAUAUAGCUGAAUUUAUGAAAAUGACUAUUUUGUCUUGUGGACUAUAUGUAAAAAUGUGUUAUGUGAAAUAACAUAUUCGCUGUACUACAUAGAACACAAAAUAAAUUGAGGAAUGAGACUUAAAUUAUAUAUACGGUGCAAAUCACCAUUAAUGCUGUGAACAGAGCUUCUCUUGUAUUGAAGUUAGCAUUGGUUUACGCUGCAGGGCCUGUGAUACUUAGUUCUCAUUGGUUCCCCUCAGUAUCUUGUAGUGCUGGGAGCCAUUUGAACUCUGACCUGCUCUGUCUGAAAGUGAACCCUGUAAUGCUAUGUCUCUCACACUCUUCCUGUACAGUGCAUUAAUGUGGCAUGGUUGUGUUGUUCAGCUUCUGUAUAGACCAAGUCUUGCUUUCCACACACUUUUUCAAACAUUUCAUAUUGACCAUUAUUGAGACCACUGUAUAUAGUAGAACACUAGAGAGGAAGAUGGGUAGGUGAGAGGAAAGAGAGGGACGAGAUGGGAUGAAUAGAAGCAUGUCUGUAGAAUCUGAUGCUCUUGUUUUCUUUCUCCUACUAACAUGUUCUCUGGUGUGUUGCUGCAUCUUGUCUUUCAUAACUUCUAAUAAAACUGACUUUGCUCACCACA